AUGGGAGACCUGAGACCAACCAAAAUGUCAGUACAACUUGCAGACCAUUCUGUCAAGUAUCCUGUAGGUGUUCUUGAAAAUGUACCCGUCCGCAUCGGACAAUUCUACAUUCCUACAGAUUUCAUAAUUAUGGACAUAAAGGAAGACGUCAAUACCCCUAUAAUCUUAGGAAGACGAAUUCUAGCUACCGCUGGAGCUAUUAUAGACGUAAAGAAAGGCAAGUUCACAUUCGAAGUAGGUGAGGAGAAGGUCAAAUUUAUUCUGACACAACUCCUUCAAGCCCCAACUAUAGAAGAUACAUGCUAUCUGGUGGACGUUAUUGAUGAAUGUGUAAGAGAGAUAGGAUUAUCAGAAGAAUCUUACGCUGAAGUUAUAAAGAUUCCGAUGCCCCUAAUUUUCGAAGAUGACAAUUGGCGUCCGAAAUAUCGAGACGAUAGCUUAAGCGAAUGCUUAACUUUAACACCCAACCAUAUUCCUUGA